AUGGAUUCUUUUAUAGCCACCUUGGCAAGGCUCACCAGCUUGAAGUCUCUAACUCUGGUGUCUUUGGGCAUUUGGGGUCCACUUCCUGACAAAAUGCAUCGAUUGUAUUCCCUUGAAAACUUGGAUUUGAGUGGGAAUUUUCUAUUUGGUUCCAUUUCUCCUACAAUUUCCAGAAUGGUGAAGAUUCAAACUCUUAAAUUAGAUGGGAAUUUCUUCAAUGGUACAGUUCCUGAUUGGUUUGAUUCAUUAUCAAACUUAACCAAUGUAAGCUUGAGGGAUAACAGGCUGACCGGUUCAUUUCCGUCUUCAGUACUGAGAAUUACCGUUCUGACUGAACUUGGUUUGUCGAAAAAUGGAGUAUCAGGCAAAUUACCAGAUCUAAGUAGCUUAACUAGCCUGCAUGUGCUGGAUUUGAGUGAAAACAAAUUCGAUUCUGAACUUCCCAGUAUGCCCAAAGGUUUGGCCAUAGCUUUUCUUAGAAACAAUUCCUUCUCUGGUGAGAUUCCACACCAAUAUAGCCGUCUUCUUGUUCUUCAGCAACUUGAUCUGUCGAUCAAUUCUCUUCGAGGAACGCCUCCCGCUGCACUUUUUUCUUUGCCCAACAUUACUUACUUAAAUUUGGCAUCAAAUAGGUUAAGUGGAUCACUAUCAUUUCAUUUGAGUUGCAGCAGUAAGCUCGGGUUAGUCGAUAUAUCAAAUAAUAGAUUCAGAGGUUGGUUGCCUUCUUGCUUGGGCACUGCAUUACAUGAGACGAUUGUUAGGUAUGGUGGGAAUUGUUUGUCAAUUGAUCCGAGGCAUCAGCAUCCAGAUUCAUACUGUGCAGAAAUUCCCACGAAGAGGAAAGAAUCGAGAGGGAAGAAUGUAGGACUAUUGGUGGGUGUCAUUGGGGGAAUUUUUGUUGUUAUGGUGCUUUUGGCUUGUGCCUUUCUUGUCUUGUGUCGAAGAUAUUGCCCUCGAGGAACAUCAGAGCAACAUUUGUUACAUAAGUCCGUGGAAGACAACUCAGUCACAGGGUUCCCUUCACAGCUCCUGACUAAUGCAAGGUUUAUUUCUGACGUGGGAAAAUUAGGUUCGCAAGGUAUUCCAGUGCAUCGAUUGUUCUCUUUUGAUGAGCUUAAGGAAGCCACAAACAACUUCGAUAAGUCUACCUUGAUGGGUGAAGGAUCAAGUGGGAAGCUUUACAAAGGAAGACUAGAGAAUGGAACCUUAGUAGCUAUAAGGUGCCUCACUGUGUCGAGGAGAUACACAAUCCGAAAUCUCAAACUAAGGUUGGAUUUGCUUGCGAAGCUUCGACACCCUCAUUUGGUUUGCCUUUUGGGGCACUGCAUUGAUGGUGAAGGAUGCAAUGACUCUGGUGCAAAUAAAGUUUAUCUUAUAUAUGAAUAUGUGCCCAAUGGGAAUUAUUGCACUCAUCUCUCUGGUAAGAUAUGA